CUACUUCCCUAAUCAAGUCCAAUGCAUUGCAUUUCAGUCCACUUUUUUUUUUGUCAUAGUUCACAAUGCGCAUCACAGUCAAAACGCUGCAGCAAACGCAGUUCGCCAUCGACGUUGCCGAGACUGACUCUGUCGUCGAUUUCAAGACCAAGAUUGAGGCCGCACAGGGCGCUGGUUACCCCGUCGCAGGCCAGAAGCUCAUUCACUCUGGCCAUGUUCUCGCUGAUGACAAGUCCAUUGCCGACUACAACAUGAAGGAAAACGACUUUGUCGUCGUCAUGGUCACAAAGCCAAAGGCCGCUCCCGCCGCCGCCCCUGCCCCUGCCCCUGUGGCCGCUGCACCUGCUCCUGCCCCCGUGGCCGCACCUGCUCCUGCCCCAGUCGCCGCACCCGCACCCGCACCCGCUCCCGUCGCCGCCCCUGCUCCCGCCACUGAAGCCCCCGCCGCCGCCGCCGCCGCCCAAGAAGCCGCUGUCGGCGCAAACGCCCUGGUGGUCGACGAAGACCAGGAGCGCGUCAUUCUCCAGCUGAUGGAGUUUGGCUUUGAGCGCGACCAGGUCGUCCGUGCGCUGCGUGCCGCCUUCAACAACCCCGACCGCGCUGCCGAGUACCUGUUCAACGGCAUCCCGCGCCACGUCGAGCAAGCCCUUGCCCAACAGAUUGGCGGUGGUGCUCACCAGCAACAACAGCCACAACAGCCCCAAGCGCAGCAACAGCAACAGGGCCAACCCACUCAAACCCAGGCCCCUGCGCCUGCUCAGCUCGGUGGCGAUCUCUUCGCAGGAGACUACGAAGACGAAGGCGACGAGGGUGAGGAUGAGGAUGCUGACGGCCCCAACCCGCUCGAGUUCCUCCGCUCCCAGCCCCAGUUUGACCAGCUCCGCCAGCUCGUCCAGCAAAACCCCAACUUGCUUCCCCCGCUUCUCGCCCAGAUCGGCCAAGCCAACCCACAGCUUCUCCAAGCGAUUGAUCAGCACCCCCAGGCCUUCCUGCGGCUAUUGCAAGAGCCUGCAGGCGGUGCUCCCGGUGCCGGCCAGAACGUGAUUCGCGUCACGCAAGAAGAGCACGAAGCCAUUGCACGCCUUGAGGCUCUGGGCUUCUCGCACCACCGCGUGAUUGAGGCAUACUUUGCCUGCGACAAGAACGAGAACCUGGCCGCCAACCUUCUGUUCGAGCAGCCGCCGGAAGAAGAGGAGGACCAGCAGCAGCAACCCCAACAAUAGCUCGGUGCUGUGCAUUCGUUUUGAUAAAACCCUGCCUUGAAAAAACAACAAAACAAAAAAAUGUUUGCUGGUUUUCUUUGUUUUUAAAAACAAGAAUGGCUUCGUCCUCGUUUUGUUUUGUCGUUUUCAAUGGUCGUUGCUGUUUGUUGCGUUGUAUUUGAAAACAAUUCUACCUCCUUCAUGUUGUAUCGCAUCAAUCCUGUAAAUCAAGCACAACCAACUCGUACAAUCGC